ACAGUGUUCGUGCAGCCCCUGGACCUGGUGAAGAACCGGAUGCAGCUGAGCGGACAGGGCACGAAGGCUCGAGAGUACAAAACCAGUUUCCACGCGCUGGUGUCCAUCCUGAGGAACGAGGGAGUGGGAGGCAUCUACACCGGGCUAUCGGCAGGUUUGUUGCGUCAGGCGACCUACACGACGACUCGUCUGGGAAUCUACACCAUCCUGUUCGAGAAGAUGACUGACGCUGACGGACGGCCACCAAACUUCCUCUUCAAGGCUCUGAUCGGGAUGACAGCCGGAGCUACGGGAGCGUUUGUCGGGACGCCGGCGGAGGUCGCUCUGAUCAGGAUGACUGCUGAUGGACGGCUCCCUGCAGACCAGAUGAGAGGCUACACUAAUGUCUUCAAGCUUUUGGCUCGGAUAACCAGAGAAGAAGGUGUGUGGUGUGUGUGGUGUGUGUGUGUGUGUGUAGGGGUGUGUUCCGCCAUGGCUCGGGCGGUGGUGGUGAACGCAGCUCAGCUCGCCUCCUACUCUCAGACCAAACAGGCGCUGCUGGACUCAGGGUAUGUCCGGGACGGUAUUCUGUGUCACUUCUGUGCCAGUAUGAUCAGCGGUCUGGUUACCACGGCAGCGUCGAUGCCCGUGGACAUCGUGGAAGACGCGGAUCCAGAACAUGAGUGAUGAAUCGACGGGAAGCCCGCGAU